GUACCCGUAAUUUGACGCCUUUGACGCCGGGCUGCUGCUGGUGCUUUGCUGCUGGUUCUUUGCUGCGGUCCGUCAGUGCUUGCUCCACCAGCACCGUAUCAGCAGCUGACAACUCACAUUCUGGGCAGAAGAUAGGACUUGAAUAACACUCUGAGUGAAGAUGGGGAAGGAGAAGCUUCACAUAAACAUAGUGGUGAUUGGACAUGUGGACUCGGGUAAGUCCACCACCACAGGGCACCUCAUCUACAAGUGCGGAGGCAUCGAUAAAAGGACUAUUGAGAAGUUUGAGAAGGAGGCUGCAGAGAUGGGGAAAGGUUCCUUUAAAUAUGCCUGGGUUUUGGAUAAACUGAAGGCAGAGCGGGAGCGUGGCAUCACCAUUGACAUUUCCCUGUGGAAGUUUGAGACCAGCAAAUAUUACGUGACAAUCAUUGAUGCUCCAGGACACAGGGACUUCAUCAAGAACAUGAUCACUGGCACCUCACAGGCCGACUGUGCCGUGCUCAUCGUGGCUGCGGGUGUGGGAGAAUUUGAAGCUGGAAUCUCCAAAAAUGGACAGACCCGUGAACAUGCUCUCCUGGCCUACACUUUGGGAGUGAAGCAACUCAUUGUGGGAAUCAACAAAAUGGACUCCACCGAACCCAACUACAGCCAGAAACGCUACGAGGAAAUAGUAAAAGAAGUCAGCACUUAUAUUAAGAAGAUUGGCUACAACCCCGACACAGUGGCCUUUGUGCCGAUCUCUGGUUGGAACGGGGACAACAUGCUGGAGCCAAGCCCAAAUAUGACCUGGUUCAAAGGCUGGAAGAUUAACCGUAAAGAUGGAAACGCAUCAGGCACCACUCUACUGGAGGCUCUGGACGCCAUCCAGCCCCCCACACGCCCCACAGACAAGCCCCUGCGCCUGCCACUACAGGACGUAUACAAGAUCGGAGGUAUUGGGACAGUGCCUGUAGGUCGGGUGGAGACAGGGGUCCUCAAGCCGGGCAUGGUGGUGACCUUUGCCCCCGUGAACGUGACCACAGAGGUGAAGUCUGUGGAGAUGCACCACGAGGCUCUGACUGAGGCGCUGCCCGGAGACAACGUGGGCUUCAACGUCAAGAAUGUGUCAGUCAAAGAUAUUCGCCGUGGCAACGUGGCCGGAGACAGCAGGAACGACCCACCACAAGAGGCGGCUAGCUUCACCUCUCAGGUGAUCAUCCUGAACCACCCAGGUCAGAUCAGCGCAGGUUACGCCCCCGUGUUGGACUGCCACACAGCUCACAUCGCCUGUAAGUUUGCUGAACUCAAAGAGAAGAUCGACCGUCGCUCGGGCAAGAAGCUAGAGGACAACCCCAAGUCCCUGAAGUCUGGGGACGCUGCAAUUGUGGACAUGAUCCCAGGAAAGCCCAUGUGUGUGGAGAGCUUCUCUGAGUACCCUCCACUGGGUCGUUUUGCCGUGCGAGAUAUGCGUCAGACUGUGGCUGUGGGCGUCAUUAAAGGAGUGGAGAAAAAGGCUCCCACCAGUGGAAAGGUCACCAAGUCCGCGCAGAAGGCUCAGAAGACCAAAUGAAUGUUGUGCUGGGCUGAUGCCCCUGACAACCACGACCAACGGCACUCUAGCUAUCUGCCCCUGUUAGCCUCCAUCAUCAGUGUCUGGUCUAUUAUCACAAUGCAUCGCAAAAGCCGCAGAAGGAAAAACAUUCAUACCUCCACUAUAGUGACUAACACAGUGUUCAGUGUAUGUUUUAUUGUCACUCUGGCAAUGCUGAGAUGCCAACUAGCUUCCAUGCUGUAUUCUGUAUUUUGAGUAAGGACAACAAUAUUAAAUAGGUUUAAAUUGCUUGAAUUGAGACUGUUUAUCUUGAUUUGAAUAGAAAUGCCAUAUAAAAGUCAUAUGCAGAGGAUGAAUUUUGAAAUUUCCACAUGCGAUCAAUCAAUAAAGUAACUAAAGUGUAUCUUAAAUAAUAUAUGGAACUUAAAAAUAUCUUGUAAAUGUAUUUUUAUUUUUUACUUUAAAAAUGUAUUGCCCAUGAAUUUAAAAGAAAAAAGAAGAAAAACCAUAGGCUAAUAAUUCUAUAAAAAAAAUCGGGAUUCUUAAUUCAAGCAACUUAUGAGGUCACUGUUUCGAGGUACCGGUAAUUGUAGUAAUAUACCGCUCAUAGAUUUAGCUUGUACAAUUGUAGCUAUUGCUCAAGUUAUGAUGCUGAGAUGUUUGUUUGUUAAAGUAAUGGUCCGUGUUGUAGCUUUAAUAGAUAAUUGUAGACAAUAGGCACUGGUGAACUGGCUGUUUGCAUGUUCCCUUAGCACUUUAGAAGCUUCAGAGUGGAGAUGACCUGAAGUUUUCUCUUCAUGCAUAGAGCACUUUGCUUGGUCUGAGCUCCCUGCAGUAGCAAUGUUAAAUGUUAGAUACUGUUCCGUUCAUACACCUUAAUCAUUGUGUGGAAACAUGUUGAAAGUAAAGAUGUUAAAACA